AUGGCCUUCACUUCCCUCCCCCCAGAAAUCCUUCUCCAAAUCAUCGACUCCUGUCAAACAAGCCAUGCCCUAUCCUCACUGGCUCAAACCUCUCAAGCCCUGUACGCAUUAAUCACUCCCCUGCUCUACAACCGUCAGCUCGCAAACGCAGAUCAUCACGUAACUUUCCAUGCCGCCAAGCACGGGAAUCUGCAAGCCUUGAAGAAUGUCCAUCAGUACAUGACUCUGCGUGUGUACAAAUGCAGUAAAGGAGACUACGAUACGGGAGACUUUGUUGCAGAGAAGCAAAAACGCAAUGGAUGGUUUUGGACGCCACUUCAUGAAGCUGUGAAGAGCGGAAAUAUCGAAAUAGUGCGAUGGCUUCUAGAUCAUGGUGCCGAUAUAAAUGCGCCAUCACUAAAAUUCCACGAUAUUGGCUUGGGAAUCACAGAGGGACGCUAUCAUAUUGACUUUGGCGACAGGUUGAGCUUUCACAUGCUACCGCUGGUUACCUUUUCGCCGCUUAUAACAUCGAUCUAUCAUCGUCACCAAAACAUCACAGAGCUUCUUCUCGAAAGAGGUGCUUCGAUACAUAUCAACGAUAUGCCGCUGGCUUUCCACCGCUGGUCUGGGCGGCUCUCAACGUAA